AUGGCCCCCCACUCCAUGGUGCUAUGGUGUCUGAAGCUCGGACUGCAGCUCAUCAGUAUGAAGCUGGAGUUCCUCGAGCAACAAACACUUGCUGCAAAUGUAGUCGCCGUGUCCCUCAAUGGGGUCUACCGGUUCCCACAUCUCGCAGCACAAAGAAAAGAUGACAAUAGUAAAAUAGUAUUGGUGGAAAGACAAGGUCUGCCAGGAAUCAGGGAAAAGCACAGCUGCCAGUUCCUGAAGGAGAUGCUGAACUUCUACCUCAAGGAUGUGAUCCUUGCAGCCAAGACCAACAAAACGAUAAUCAACAAACACAUCAGUAGAAUUGGGAAUGCCUUGCAUGAGCUGAAUGAGAAUGUGCAAAACUGUCAUCAUUUCUUCAACUGCGAACUGUGCAGCUGCAACCGAAGUUCCUACUUCAAGAACAUACAUCAGACAUUCAAGCAGUUACAGAUACAAGGCGUGUACAAAGCAAUGGGAGAACUUAAUGCCUUCUUUGACUGGAUUUGGAAUUACAUAAACUUGAGACGACGUCAAGAAGGAGUGGAGCAGACUGAUCGAUUGUCAAUACAGUAUUUCCUCAAUUAAGAAAAUC